AAACUGCCCUAUGCACAUGUCAAUGUCAAAAUAGCAGCUGAUUACAUUGGAUUUUGUACACGGUUUAUUUAUGUAAUAAACCUGUAAAACAUCUCUUUCGAGAUGCUUCGAAAAGUAGUAAUUGGUUCGGGGUUAGCAGCGGUGCUCAUACCGACUGUAGGAGCUGCAACUCCAAUACCAGAGGCAAAGGGACCUUCUCCUCCACCUCCUAUGAGACCUUCGGAGCUUCCAAUAUACGAAGCGCCUCACGCCGACUACGCAGAGAAGUUAGAAGCUGAUGGCAAAGAGAACAAAACAAGCUACAUCAGAUCAGCGUUACAAACCCCCGUGACAGCUGUGCGGGAGACAUUCGAGACGGGAGUAGCUCAUACAUCCUCUCUGAAACACAGGAUCACGGAUAACUAUCAUGAAUUUAAGGAUAGGAGUGAUUGGAUCAUCCAGUACUUGCGUGAGGAAGACAAUAAACAGACAAGAUAUGGAGCUGUAGCAAUGGGUGGUCUCACUGGAUUCAUUUUUGGCUUGCGAGGUGGUUUUAUUAGGAGAAUAUUCUAUGCUGGUUUAGGCACAACAGCUAUGGGUUAUGUCUGCUUCCCGGAGGAAACUAAGCAAAUUAUGAAUGAAAAUGGUACUCUGGCUAAACAAUAUAUCAACAUUGCUUACAACUUUUUAUAUGGAGUAAAACCAGGUGAUCCACAACUCGAAGUCAAAUUCCCCGAAUUGUCUAUCCCAAAAGACAUGUCAGAACUAGUUGACAUGACAGUGUCUCUGGCUUCAACGGUGAAGCAAGCUGUAAUGCCUCCACCCGCUAAGGAAUCAGACGAGAAAGUAGCGGAGAAAAAGGAAUAGGUAGAUUUUAGAUUACUAUCUUGACGACAUAGACGACUUAGAUAUUGAGUAAUAAAAUAAUUUUACAUGAAAUACCAUCAUGAUGUACCUGAUGUGAAUUAUUUUCUAUUCCACUACAGUGAUACCAAUAAUCAAAUUCAUUAUUGACUAUUUAUUUAAUGUAUACAGUGUAAACGACAUUGAUGAAUUAAAAUGUUUAUUAAUGAAAAA